CAAAAUUUAGCCGAUUGGUUUUUUCUACUGUGAUAGGGCUGAUUUUUGGCUGGCGGAUGGAAGAAGUAUUAUACGAUAUUGCUGAACUUACCCAACAGACGACGAGGUCGUGGAGAGGUACGAAACGCUAGCGACAGAGCCUUUGGUCGCUGUCCGCCGCUACCUGUAUCCCGACGACUACGCUGCUGCGCUAUCUGAAGCGCAGCAUUAUACAGCGGCGAAUUUCGCGUGGCCGUCCUACACUUACGCCUGAUCACGAAGUCCGACGCUUAUCCUGGGCAUUGAGCCAUGGGGAUCGUCCUAUCGGCGCCAAGGUAUAUCGUGUCCACCACAUGUAGGAUAUGGUACAUGUUGACGAGAAGUGGGUCAACUUGUACAAGGCCAACAACUAGUGCUAUCUUGCCAAAGACGAGGCUCUGCCGUACCACAUGUGUCCAAACAAGAGGCACAUCGGCAAGGUAAUGUUUUUGGCUGCAGUUGCCAUCCCUCGCUUAUGCUUUUGACAAGAAGCGAUACUUUGAUGGCAAAAUAGGCAUUUGGCCGAUUGUCGAGAGGACAAUUGCUCAAAGAAGCUCGCGGAACCGCCUCCUGUAACCAAGAACAUCUCCAUGACCGCAAAGUAAACACCAAGAUGCUUCGCGAUAAGUGAUCUGGUACGUUUGUUUCAAUUUAUAAUGUUGCACUAACCUAUUAAGUUGCUGUUAUGUUGCUGGAUGCUGCGCUACUGUUGCAGGAAGGAAAUCUAGGGUCAUCAAGGUGCAGCAAGACAAUGCUGGCCCACACGUACAAGUCGAUAAUGCAGAUAUUGCCGAAGCCGGCCGAGAGAAUGGCUAGAAUAUCCAGAUGGUCAGCCAGCCACCGCGACCGCCUGAUAUGAACGUGCUGGACGUCGGCUCUUUCCAUUCGCUGCAGUCACUGCAGUACAAGACACCCACGUUUCCAACCGAUGGCCAAAUCGCUGCAGUUAAGGCUGCGUUUGCUAAGAUUAGUGUUUAUACUUUAGAUAAGUGCUUUUUGACACUGCAGAAAUUAGUAGGCAAAAUAAUUGCUUGCAAGGGAGGCAAAAACUACAGCCUCCCUCGUGUUCGCAAGCAUCACAUCCACAAUGGUGUCAUCCGGAUGCCAUUGCCAGUUGACGUUGCAGUUGUUGACGCCGGUUUUCGUCAGUUGAGCCAACCACAAUGGACCACCUAAUUUUUUGCAUUCUGUACCGCAUUUUUCACUUAAUUCCUU